AUGCCGGAGCGCAAACGUCUCUCUAACGCGCUCUUUCAGGUGAACGAUCUAAGGAGCAAGAUCGGAAUUUCGGCAAUGGAAGAUCUUCAGGGUCUUUUGAAGAAUGACUGCCGAGUUGCGUAUCAACCAUCCCUGCAGCCGAUUGAUGGCAGAUGCCCCAGGAAGGAAUGCAAUGCCGAAGUAGACUUGCAGUCUGGUUCACAAACGGAGCUGCGUUGUCCAGAUCCUGGUUGCUCAACACAGUACAACUCAGAGGAGUUAUGGUACCACCUACAGGAUGCUCACAGCUAUCCCUCGGCGCAGGCUGCCUCCCGGUCGAAAACUGAAAAGGAUCCAUUCAUCGGGGAUUAUGAGGCACCAAAUUCACGCCAGAGCCAGCCAAAGCGUCGCCGAAUCCGUAAAAUCAGCACUGAUUUGAUCCAGGUAUACCCUCUUGAAACUCUGUCUGAAACGAUUUGCGCCACGCCGUCUACUCUUAGCAUUCUUUCAACCAAUUCAAGCUGCGGUUCUUUCGAUGCAAGCACCCCUGCGUCCCCAACCGAAGAUGAUUCGCACUACGCGGCAAAUCAAGAAAGACAGUUGGAAACAAGCGUCCUUGCUGCUCUCGGAGAGUCUACCGGUAUUUAUGAGGACUGCGAACUUGCCAACACCGGAUUUAUCAAUAACUCCAUCGCUUCUAUGGAGAAAAUAGGGUCCUUGACAAGCAACAAAACUACAGAACACCUCGACUCUUCCGCAAACUCCAAGAUCUGCGAGCCUGUCAAGAUUCAUGGAUUUACCGUGGAAUUGGUGGAUCCGGGUCUUCUUAGAGUAACAACAAACCAUAAUCUCCCUGCAGAUAAGGUACUUUUGCAAACCAAGAGCCACCCAAUGGCCCUCGACGAAGAACAAGACAUAUGGGAGGUCGAGAAACUGCUUGGAAAACGACGUCGUGGCCAACAUAUUCAAUAUCUUGUCAAGUGGAAGGGUUUUCCAGAUGAAGACAAUACCUGGGAACCAACGAAAAAUAUUUUUGACAAGCAUCUCAUCUACAGUUUCAAUUCCAGCAGGACAUGACGCAGGAGGCCGGGUUUUUAAAUAUCGAAUAUGGCGUGAGGCUUUGGAGCAUUUGAGGAGAUGGGUUUUCAGAUAUCUUGGGACCCUGUUCACCAA